UCUCGUCAGAGCCAAAAUGGCGCCGUUUCCCUUUAAACAAGAAACCAAUCAAAAUCACGGAAGUCGUCCCCAUCCAAUGAAAGCUCCUCGGGGGGGGCGGGACGUGCAGAACCAGGAGGAGCUGUUUUGGGGUGUUGUGAAUCCGUGUAGAUAAGAAAUCUCGAGUGGGAGCUAUCGGACCGAUUUGUUGUGUGAUUUCUCCGUGAAUCCGCACAGUUAGCACCGCGCCAGCAGCAGCAGGCCAUGCCCGGGAUAGAGAAGCUGCCGAUCGAGGAGACGCUGGAGGACAGCCCGCAGACUCGCUCUAUUCUUGGAGUGUUCGAGGAGGACACUGCAGCCAUCUCCAACUACUGCACGCAGCUCUACCAGGUGCACAGGAUCUAUGAUGCACAGAAUGAGCUGAGUGCUGCGACAAACCUGACCUCCAGACUCCUGAAAGAGUACGACAAACAGCGUUUUCCUCUGGGGGGCGACGAUGAGGUGAUGAGCUCAACACUGCAGCAGUUUGCCAAAGUCAUCGAUGAGCUGAGUUCUUGUCAUGCAGUCUUGUCCACCCAGCUCGCCGACGCCAUGAUGUUUCCCGUCACUCAGUUUAAAGAGAGAGACCUGAAGGGUAAGAAACACACACACAGGAUCCUCACUCUGAAAGAAGUCUUCCAAAUAGCCAGUGAUGAUCAUGACACAGCCAUCAACAGAUACAGCCGCCUCUCCAAGAGAAGAGACAACGACAAGUUGCGGGCGGAGGCUGUGGAGGACGUCUACACUUCCCGUAAGAAGCAGCACCAAACUAUGAUGCACUACUUCUGCUCGCUCAACACUCUGCAGUACAAGAAGAAGACGGCGCUGCUGGAGCCGCUACUGGGAUACAUGCAGGCGCAGAUCAGUUUCUUUAAGCUGGGUUCAGAAAAUCUCACCCAGCAGUGGGAGGACUUCCUGGGGACUAUUGGAACCAGUGUCCAAAAUGUGCGUCGAGAGAUGGAGGAGGAGAUUGGGCAGAUGCAGCAGACCAUCCAGGAUAUGGAGAGAUCAUGUGACCCGCUGUAUGCACCAUGUGACCCUGAUCCCGCCCACUCACCUGUGUGCCGCAACCUGACCCAGAAGCAGGGCUACCUGUACAUCCGCAAUAAAACAGGGCUGGUGUCGUCAUCUUGGGAGCGGCAGUAUUUCUUCACGCAGGGCGGGAACCUGAUGCAACAGGGCCGAGGAGAGGUGGCGGGCGGCUUAGUCACGGACCUCGACAACUGCUCCGUCAUGGCGGUGGACAGCGAUGACCGCCGCUUCUGCUUCCAGGUCACGUCCUUCGACGGCAAAAAAGUGGUGACGCUGCAGGCCGAGAGCAGGAAGGACUGCGAGGAGUGGAUCUCCACCAUCAACAACAUCUCCAAGAGGAUCUACCUGAGUGAGAACGCAGAGGAGCUGGCAGCCAGAGUGAACCAAUCAGCUCUGGAAGCCGUGACGCCAUCGCCAUCUUUCCAACAGAGACAUGAGAGCAUGAGACCCAGCAGUAAAGGCCGAGCGGGCCGAGCGGGCAGCAUCAGCUCCGUGGGCUCGGAGCCGUCACCUGCCCUCUCUGUGCUCUCAUUGGAUGCUCUGGUUGCUCCUGAAACACCGAUCCAGUUUGACAUCAUCUCCCCCGUCAGCGAGGAGAGCUCGGGGCAGAGCAAGACGGCAGCUCCGUCUGGCAGAAGAAGUAAUCCAUUUGGAGAGUCAGGGGACGGAACAUCAGAGGACAGUGAAGACUCGAUCCUCCACCAGCUCUUCAUUGUCCGCUUCCUGGGCUCCAUGGAGGUGAAGAAUAGCGAGUCAGGUGAAAUCAUCUCUGAGACCAUGAGGCAGAUCCUGGCAGCUCGAGCCAUACACAACAUUUUCAGGAUGACCGAGUCUCACCUGCUGGUCACCUGCGACUGCCUCAAGCUCAUCGAUCCGCAGACUCAAGUCACUCGUCUCAGGUUCCCUCUCUCCACUGUCCUCCAGUGCUCGUCCCAUCAGGACAACAAGAGGCUGUUUGGUUUCGUUCUGCAGCAAGCGGGCGGGCGGGGCGACAGCCGAGCCGUCUGCUACAUCUUCGAGUCCAACGACGACGGAGAGAAGAUCUGCGACAGCAUCGGUCUGGCUAAGCAGAUCGCCUUCCACUCGGAGAUGGACCGUAAGGCUUCAGAGAAGAGGAAGGAGCAGGACAAGGCCAAAGAGAAACAGCAGGAAGAACUCAGCAAACAGAGGCAGAUCGAGAAGGAUCUGGAGGAGCAGAGUCGUUUGAUCGCUGCCUCGAGUCGCCCUGCCAACCCGCCUGCCCCUGAUGGACAGUUCCUCGUGCUAAGCAACAGCCAAUCAGAGGACAGUGAUGCCGGUGGAGAGGAGGGUAAGAAGAAAGGCGAGUCUGAAGCCUAACAAAGCGAAGAGGGCGCAUGUUUCACCACCCAGGCAGAUCCCAGCUGGUACUGUCAGAGCAACACCUCAGGAGUCAGAGGAGGGGAACACCACCCGCCCGUCUGUCCGUCCAGGAUACCUGGGAACAAAAACAUGUGCACCCUCGCUGCUGGACUCUGAAGUCUGUGGAGGAGCUCGUCACUCUGUGAAUGGAGGAUAAACUUAACACACCCUCGCUAUAAGAAGAGGAGGGCAGCGAGCGUGGGAACUUCCGGUAACAGAUGCUGCUUUUUAUAAUGGCUCCACGUGUAAACAUUAACCUGUAAGUUUCUGUUUUUUAUCUUUGUUUUAUAUUAAAAGAGCUAACAACAGAAGAGGUCAAACCAGAACCUGUUGAAUUACAAACUAGGACUUGACGGAGACAUGAGAGAGUGGGGAGGUCACCACGAGGUCCCACAGAGCAGAGGGACCUUGCAGAGCUGUGGGUGAAACAUGAGAGACACAGGAAGAGAGGCAGGGAGUCUUAUUUUGAAAGGGUCUUCCUGUGUGAGGUGUUCUUUAGCGGACCAUUCUGAAAGCAUCCUGCAGUGACGCACAUUUUCUCUCCCUCGCAAAAAGUUUGACUUCAUUUUCUGCAAAAAAACACAACAAAACACAGCUGUGCGCUUAAAUUACGGCCCCACGAGAAGCUUUUAUUGUGAAAGGAUUACUGAUCAAGCUGUGCAUCAGUAACUCUGCAGUCAACGAAACUCCAUUCACAGAGUCUGGUGUCACUAGAUUUUCUUUAACUCUGUAUUUAUGUGUACUCUGAUUUUCAGCUGUUUAUUCGACACAAAAAAUUUCACGGCCUUUGUUUGUUUUGUGCAAUCCCAUGCUGUAAGGACCAGAGCCAACAUGGCUGCCACAUUUCACCAAACCACAGCAGGAGACCCUGAAGGUGUCAAACUACGGGUCAGAAAAUCCUUGAUCAUUAUUGCGGUAUUAGACGUCUACGAUUCCAGCCAGUUAAACUCGGAUUAGUGGCUUCAAGGAUGUGAGAAUCGUGUUCUAUUCACCUGUGACCUGUGAGUCCAGAAGUUCAGAUCACAAAAGAAACGCCAACAUCAGAACAUAUCAUCUACAUACAGGGCCCAGUUGUUCAAAAGUAAUCCUAUCAGAUUAAAGUAGAUCAAAUCUUUAAAUCGGGUUGUUCAAACGAAAAAAAAAACAGACUGCCAAGUGGAAGUGGAUCCAGUAAUCCCGGCUUCGAUCAAACCUCCAGUUUGUGUGGAUGAAAACUUUUGAGUAAGUCCAAAAACCCGGAUUAGCCUGAUCUCAGCAGAGGGCUGGGCUGGGCUGGGCUCAGUGUGGCCACCACUAGCAGAUCCAGCACCACCAGCCUUCAGGUUAGCGUCCUCAUGUCUGUGCUGGUUCCUCUCGCUCUGGUGGAGUGGUUAUAUGUCAGUUUAACCAGCCUACAUACAAUUUUAUCUCCAUUUACUAGAUCAACAUACUGAGAAACCACGCCGCGCUAUGAGACAUCAUCACCUGUUCUUGUUUACAUCCAGGUAGUAGAGCUUUAGAGCGAUAUGAUGGUAGCCAUGAACCAGAGCUACAGCCCAUAAAAUAUUAUGGGCCCCUACAUAAAAUAUUAUGUAAAAAGCAACUUUCAGAAUCUUUCAGUUUGUUUGGAUUUUGGCGCCCCCCUGUGGACAAAGUAUACAUUGCAUCAUCCCGAUAAGAGCUCUGGUGAUCCAGAUUUGGUUAUAUUUCAAACUCUGCAUCUGGAUCAGGCCAAUCCGAUUCCAAAAGUUGGAUUAUUCCUGUCUGGAUUUAAACUUUUGAACAACUUGGGCUCUGCUGACUUGAAAGCCUCCUGGAGGAUAUUUUUGGGGUGUAGACAGAUCAUAUCCUGAAACCAAGGCACCUUAGAUCUAGAAACUGUUCACUGUUUAGCUACUCUUUCCAGGUUGAACUGUAGAGUGGAAUGAAACCGCGUUUAACUUCCUUUAAAACAUGUUUGAAUAGUGAAAACGCUUUUAACACAAGUUAAAGACCAGAGCGCUCAGAACACUGAGGCGUCAGUCUUAACACAACUUCUAAAAAUGUUUUGUUGGAGCCGACAAAGUCGUCAUAUCUACGCCAAGAUCUCUCUCUCCGUCCAACUUUAGCAACUUUAGAUUAAAGAGCAGAGUUUGAGUUGAGUGUGAUCUGCACUUGUACACUGGUAUUUGUUUAUUCAAGACUUCUUUUAUUGUCGUUCAACAGAAACACCAGAGCAGAAGGAAAUCACGAGCAUGUUUCAUUUAAAGAACAGAUGAUUAAUGAGAAUAAAAAUAUCAAAACUGAGUCGUUAAAUAAAUAAAUACUUAAAGAGAUGAAUACUAGAACAUUUCAGACCCUGGAUUGAGUCUCUUGUGUUCAGACUCUGCACUUGUACGUUGGAUUAAAGAGAUUAAUCGAGCAGUUUUAUGACUUCAUCCCUCUGAGAUUAGACGGAGUAACUUUUAUUUAAACACACAUUUAAAAAGAAGAAAACUAGAUUAAGAUGAAAUAAUUUUAAAUGUUUGGAGGAGGUUUUUUUUCUGGUGUUUUUUACAUUUGAGGGAUACGAACACAUUAUAUCUUGCUGCAUGUCAGGACCAUGUUUUCUCUGCUUGUUGUCACAUUUAUCUGUGAUGUCUGCUGAUUAUCGGGGUCAUUAUUCGGGGCCUUUCUUUUCUUAUUUCACUGCUUUUCAUUCAUUCGUAUGCCUUUUAUCCAGAGUGAUCCACAGCGUGAUCACGUGUAACCGAAUUAAACUCCCACAUCAAAAGACGGGAUGUUAAAGGUCCUCAUGUGUCCGCCCUUAAGACACUUCUGAAUGAACAGUUACUGAUCUCCAUUACUUUGGGAGGAUGUUUUUCUCGCUGUGAGCAGGUGAAAGACUCGUGUCGACGGAGCUGCACUUUACUGACGCAGGGAAAAAAAAAAAAAGAAAGGACGAGCAUCGCUGAUGUUAAAGUGUAAAUAUGUUUCGGUGAUAAUUGUUUCAUGUGUCAUGAGUAAUGAAAAAAGGCUUUUCAGUGAUAAAUAAAGCACUAACUCCA